AUGAGCAGCGCUGCCGGCGGCGCCGGCAUCAGCGGAAAUAGCAGCAACAGCAACACAACAACAAACACCAGCACCGGCCGAGGAGGAUGGAAAGGAAAAGAGAGAGAAUCAAUACCGCCGCCGCCUUCCCAUUCUUCGGCCCCCUACGACCAAGAUGACAUCCCCCAAACGGUCGGCACGCUCCUCGCAUCCAUCGCCACGUGCAUGACCGAUGCCCUGGACGCCCUCUCGCAGGUGACGGUGGCAGCAGAUUCACAGCAGUUGGCUGAGCGCAACGAGCACCUGCGCGAGAUGGAGCUGGCGCUGGAUGAGGCAAAGCAGGAUUUCCAGGAGCUGGCGCCGCUUGUGCAUGGGAGGGGUUGGUAUGAGAAUGAUCGGAGUGAAGAAUCCCUCGCAGAGCUGGAAAUUCUUCUAACCCAUUUCACCUCACACUCCCUUGCACUUCAGAAUUGGGCUUUUUCUUACCUCAAUCCGUCUAAGCAAGUUCAAUUUUCAAACGGGGCCCUGUCCAGCCCAACCAGCCCUGGCAGCCAAAGUAAUGGGAGUCCAAUCGACCCGCGAAUGACGCCCCGCCUUCGCAAGGCACUUCACCGUGCCCAGAGACGGGCCGCGCACCGCGUGUUUGCUGCUCAGCACCAGGAGGAGCAAAGCCAGCCUCGGUGUUUGGGUGCAUGGCUGGUGUAUCGCCAACUCAGGCGGCGGCAUCAGGUUGGGGAGGAGGGCGAACGAAGCAGGGAGAGACAGAGAAGGAAAAGUAGACAUAGGGCGGAAGAGCGGGAAGGGUUAGGGUUAGAGCUGGAGGAACUACCUUCUAAUCGGGGCCAGGAUGUUCGACAGCACGAAAAGACGAUGAAUGGAGGGUAUCCCGACAAUUUGAGAGCACAAGGAAGCGAGGAAAUGCCAUACGACUGCAUGCGGCGUGGCUCAUUACAACGACGGGGAAGCUUAGAAGAGCUCGUCCCACACUGCAACUACAUUGGUCGCUUCCAGCGUCUAGCCAGCGGUGGCAACGGCGAGCUCCUCGACGCCGCCUUCGUCUGCGACUUCUGCAACGGCUACAUUGUCUGGUCCGACUUGCAGGAUAUGCCGUCCGAACGCACGCCCCGCACAGCUUCCUCUGACGCUGCCGCCGGCGGUUACCCACAUUGGCAAGCCCGAGGCCACAGCGCAACCACUGGCGAGGAGAAAACAAUCGUCUUUGCGCCGCUUGCCAUCGCGAACCACACGGCGCCUGAGCCGGGGGAGUGGCAGGCGGGGUUAGUGUGCCCGUACUGCGAGGAGGCGACAUACUUGGAUGCGGGGGAGGACAGUUCAGAAGUGAAGUACGUGCAGGAUGAGAAAGGCUUUGCAGACCUACGGCACUUUCAGGAGCAUUUAGAGUGGUACCAUACGGCGGCCGUGCCGUCAUUGUCCGAGUUGGCGGCUGCGCUGCCCCCAGGGGAGAGUUGUAAUGUAAUGUGA